AUGUCGGACGCACUGGGCAUUGCGCCCAGCGAGGACUCUUUGUCCGUCGUGGUCAAAGACGACUUCGAGUACUACCUGAACGACAAGCGUCAACUCGUCCUGAAGGACAAAGCAACGCCCGAGGACCUCAUCCGAGGCGCCAUCAAGAUCGCCAAAGGCGAGCACGGUUGGCUUGUCAAAGAGAAGGAUGGCUGGGCCCUGUGCCGCUUCCUCAGAGCUGGCCAUGGCAAGAACUUGUUUGUGCCGCGCGCCCAGAUCGACGUCGGAGUCCCUCUGAAGACUCUGAGCAUCGUCGGCAAGGACAACAGCGCUGCAGAUGCCAGCACUUUGGCUGUCCACGGCCGCAAUGCCAUCAUUCCUCUGUUCGAGAGCGUGAAAGGCCGGACUUACAUCAUGUUCCGCGCUUCACCCACUGCAGAGCGACCAGCCACCGUCAUGUUCAAGACUGCAAUCACGCUUCACAAGCUUGGCAAAACGAAGCAGUACAGUUGUACUGUUGCACCGCACCUCAACCUCGUCAUUCCGCAGGAGGCUGUGAACGCUGGUGGCUUGAACAACAAGAGAGCCUUGCUGUGUUUCGAGGUGACUGAGGAUGGCAGCCGUCACCCAUAUGCUUGGCACCAGGCUUCUGAGGUGGGCCUCUUCGAGAACAACAGUACUGUGUCCCGGCUUGCAGUGCGGCUCGAGUAUCCCGACCAAUCGGACGGGCAAGUCGAGCAGUGGAAGAGCAUCUACAUCUUCGCGAGUGCGGUUGUCGGACACGACGCGGCCACUGGCAAGAAGCCCAAAGCGUGGAUCAAGGCGUGGAAGGUGCUCAUGCUGCUCAUGCGCUGGCGACUGAGGGAGCCGACCGAGUGGUUCACAGAGGCUGAGUACCCAAUGGGAGAGCUCCAGGAGCUCGUCUACAAUCACCACACCUUGACAAUGGAGUGGAAGCUUAUCACGUCACCAAAGAAGAUCAUCACCCUCCCGCGACUCGCCCAAUACAAGGACAAUGCCUUGGCAGUUACCCGACUCUUUCCGGACCAUUGGUGGGGGAAGAAGCCUGACAUUGCCUUCCGCGCCGGCAGCAAGGACUGGUCUCGUGAGUCGUGCGAUCCGUGCUUCCUCCAAGGCCGCUCCAAGGACAAGAAAGGUGGCACAAGGGGCAAGUGCGUUGCAGAUGAUUCCAACAUCAAUACUUGCACAAAAUGCAUCAUCAAGUACAACCGCCCCUGUCUGUGGAUGUACCCAGAGGAGGUGGAAACCUUAUCUCUGGAGCAACGACGUCGCAUGAUGGACGAGGGCGAGGACCAUGUGUACGAGGCGCUGCCCUGCCAUGCUCCUGCCGGAGGCAUUGAGCUUCUGGACACUUUGGACGCUGUGCAGGAACGCAACGAGAAGAAUGACGCAGACGACAAAGAGAUGGGUGAGGUUGACGAGGUUUGA